CCGGAAAUGGAAAAGGGGACGGAAGACUUAGCUGAAAGUUCAGGAAAAAUAGAAAUAAACAAAUCAGCAAAAUAGCCUAAACACGCACGAUGGCAAGAUCUGUUAAAAUCUAACAUUUACACACUAUUAUUCGGGUCGAUACGAGGCUGAAGAGUUAAAGCAAAGUCACUACAGCUCUUAGUGAGCUCAGUUUUAACAACAAAAUGCCGCAACAACCCUGAUAUAAUGAUGAGAAAAUGAUUAAACACCAGUUUAUGAUGACAGCUGAGGAUUUCUUCCAGUUUGUGCCAAAACCAGCCUAUUGUUGACUAAAGUGAACAAAUGUGGAUGUCCGCCCUGUCUUCCUCCAGUUCAAGGAUCUGAUCCGAGUUCCGAGUUUAUGUUCCAGUUUCACAUGAACAUGGCCGCGAUAGCCUGGUAUCAAGAGAAGAUCGGGGCUUACGAUCAACAAGUCUGGGAGAAAUCGCUGGAGACAGCAGAUUUAGUGGGUCUUGAGAGCAAACCAAAGAAGACUGGUUACAUCAAAUCCGACCUCAUUGAUGUGGACUUAGUGAGAGGAUCAACAUUCAGCAAAGCCAAACCAGAGAGUCCGUGGACGGCUUUGACUCGAAAGGGUCUGGUCAGAGUUCUCUUGUUUCCAUUUUUCUUCCAGUGGUGGAUCCAGGUGACCUCCAAGUCCAUCUCCUUAUGUAUCCUCUUGCUAUAUUUCAUGCAAGUGGCGGCGGUGCUGCUGUACUUGGAGCUCCCCCGGGCGAGUGCCAGCGAGGUGUUUGGGCCCAUGUGUCUCAUGUUGCUGCUGGGCACCGUGCACUGCCAGAUUGUGUCGACCGAGACCAGCCGGUGGCCCGGCUGUCCAGCUGCCAGCAGCACCAGCCCGACACAUAGAAGGAGGCCGAGGAAAAGCAGAGUUUUGAAAAAGUCAGAGGAAACAAAUGACGGCUGGAACGCAGAGCUGCCUCGGCAGUUUGAAGAUGGCCAGCGAUCAUUCAGAGACGAGGGGAGGAACAAAAGUCAGUCGGGGUUUGGCGCUUCUGAUGAGCUCUCCAGUGACGAAGAACCCGGCACACAAUCAGAGAAAAAUCCCCGAUCAACACACAAGAUGCCCCAUGCCGAUCCCCAAACAGCUCCAGCGUCGGUGUCUUCCAUUAGGAAGAGAAACAUAAAGUCUCAUCCCAAACCUGCCCUAGGACCCCAGGACGUGAGCGGGGCGUCUGUCAAGAUUAGUCAUUUGGAUCGCCUCAGGCCCAGUGCGGGUUCUCGUCCCGCCUCGGACACCGACGACACCCUGUGGGAGGAACUUCUCCAGGACCCCGACUCCGUCUCCUCGGGCAGCAGUGACAGUGAAGGGAACGCCUCGUACAACCCAGGGAUGGUGUUCACGCAAAACGCUCCUCUGAGCAGCGAUGAUGAAAGCCUGCAGCAAGGAAUCACCAGUAGCCAGAUGACUUGGCUUCAGGCUUGUCACCCAUCCAAGGACCGUGUCAGUGCCAUAAUAUGGGAGCAGGGCGACUGUAAGAAAGCAGACAUGUCGGUGCUGGAGAUCAGCGGGAUCAUCCUCACACGGGUGAAGCUAGUGGAGCAGGGUAUGGGCUACCUGGUGCUGGGCGGGCUCAUGACCGCCACCCUGGCUCUGCUUCCCAUCGGCUUCCGUCUGGCUCAGCGUCUGGACAUGUCGACCCUCGGCUCCCACUCACUACCGCAGCUGGUUGGAGUAGCGCUCGCGCCGCGUGACGCCUGGACCUGCGCCUUUUUCUUCAUCACAACUGUCCAAAGAGUCUGCCUCAUAGGGCUGUUCUUUUUCAUGAUGUGUGUGGCGGAGAGGACCUACAAGCAGAGACUCUUAUUUGCCAAGUUCUUCAGCCAUCUCACUUCAGCUCGCAAGGCCAAGAAGUCUGAGAUCCCUCAUUUCAGACUGAAGAAAGUGCAGAACAUAAAGAUGUGGUUGUCACUUCGCUCUUUUCUCAGGAGACGAGGGCCGCAGCGCUCCGUUGAUGUCAUUGUCUCCACUAUCUUCCUUUCAGCACUUUCCAUUUCAUUUAUCAUUUGCGCCCAGCUUCUGCACAGCCACAAGACAUUCCUGGGGGCGCUGACAAACUGGGAGCUCAUGGUUUGGGGCUCCUCCCUCAUCCUCUUUCUGUUGCGGCUGGCCACGCUGGGCUCCGAAACCAACAGCAAAUACAGCAACUCCUCCGUGCUUCUCACGGAGCAGAUCAAUUUGUAUCUGAAGAUGGAGAAAAAGCCGAACAAGAAAGAACAACUCAACAUAGUGAACAAUGUCUUAAAACUGGCUACAAAGCUGAUGAAGGAGCUGGACACCCCGUUCAGACUGCUGGGUCUCACGGUGAACCCACUGAUCUACAACAUCACCAAGGUGGUCAUCCUGUCUGCUGUGUCUGCGGUGGUCAGUGACCUGCUCGGUUUCAACAUCAGACUGUGGAAAAUCAAGCCCUGAUGUGAAGACAACAAGCUACUAACAGUCAGACACUGGAGUUCAGAAACUCGCUCCGUCUGCUGCACACGCCUUUUCAAAUACUAAAACUACACAAACCUACUGACUGUAAAUUACGUUGACAGUGCCUUCCAGCUGAAGCAUCAGUCAUUCACACACCAGAGAUGCUCUGACAAUCCCUCACAUACCAUGACUUGCUGCUCAGCUGAUCUGGCAUUACAUUUUUCCAUCAGCCGUGCCACUAACUCAGUGCCUGACCUCUGACCCUUGAAUGUCCCUCUUAAAGUGGUUUAAUAUAGCCGCUGAUGUCUGAAAUCAUUCCAGGCUUCUGUGGCAUUGACAUUUGCAGAUCUGGCUUGAACAGAUGUGUAAACUUAGUAUGUAAAUGCAGAUAAUGUACAUAUUUUACUCUUUAGGAAGAUGAAAUGUUAAACUAAACAGUGUGGUAUCUCAAACCUGGAUAUUAAAAUGUAUUAAAGUA